UUCGGGACCCUAAUGCAUUCUGACACAUCUCCACACCGCCUGAAACCACUUUCCGAUGGAAUCCUAAUGUGGCUUAUGGGAAAAGUUCCACACCGGCCCAGAAUACGGCUGAUAUUUAGUAUAGAUCAGAGCCGUCUGUCGACGAAUAUCAUGGGAUCUAUUAGUGAAGUUCCUGUGAUAAGCAAGGAAAGUAGUGAUGGUCGACAUUCGGUCAAUCGAAAUGGCAAUUGUGCUAAUGAUAGCCCGAACGGAAAUCACAAUGGGCACAAGAACGAGACCAAUUGGAGUGAUCCCAAUACAUCAACUCGCUCUGAUCCCAAUAACAUGCCUAUUGCAAUCUGUGGUAUGGGGAUGCGGUUGCCUGGCGGCGUUCACACGGAUUCAGAUCUUUACGAGCUGCUCAUCCAGAUGAAAGACGCGCGAAGCGAGGUACCAAAGAGUAGGUACAAUAUUGAUGCAUACCACAACGCAUACGGCAAGCUUGGUACGGUCGCAUCCAGAUACGGCUACUUUCUGGAUGAUGUGGAUCUCAGCAAAUUUGAUACAACCAUGUUCAGCAUGACACCAGCUGAAGUCAGUCGUCUCGACCCCAAUCAACGACUUCUUCUCGAGGUAGCCCGUGAGGCCUUUGAAAGUGCCGGCGAAUCAAAAUUCCGAGGCGAGAAAAUCGGAACGUAUACGGCGAUAUAUUCAGAGGACUGGCAUGAACUGCAAACUAGGGAUCUAAAUGAUCACGGCCCAUAUAUGCUUUCGGGAAAGCACGAUUUUAUGCUGGGAAACAGACUCUCUUACGAGUAUGACCUGAAAGGACCGAGCAUGACGCUGAAAACAGCAUGUUCCUCCGCGGGAAUCGCUCUCCACGAAGCACUACAAGCAAUUCGGCUUGGAGAUAUUCCGUCCGCACUUGUAGCGGGUGCAAAUCUUCUCAUUUCGCCAACUCUGUCCAUCGUAAUGUCAGAAACUCUUGCUCUAUCCCCGGACGGUUCCUCAAAGACCUUUGACGCAGCAGCAGACGGUUACGCUAGGGCCGAGGGCAUCUCAUGCUUAUACAUCAAACGUCUCGACCAUGCAAUUCGAGAUGGUAAUCCGGUUCGAGCCGUUAUACGCGCUUCAGCGUGCAACGCAGAUGGCCGAACGAAUGGAGGAUUGUUGGAGCCUAAUAAGAUUGCACAUGAAGCUUUGAUCCGUCAGACCUACGCAAACGCAGGUCUCGAUCUCAGAACAACAGCAAUGGUCGAGUGCCACGGAACUGGAACUGCAAAGGGUGAUCCCCUGGAGGUUGCAGCUGUUGCCAGUUGCUUUGGAGAUCAUGGAGUGUAUAUCGGCUCAGUCAAACCGAACCUCGGUCACUCGGAGGGCGCCUCCGCGAUCACCAGCAUCAUGAAGGCCGUCCUAUCUCUGGAGCAACAAACUAUCUUGCCCAAUAUUAAAUUCGUCAAUCCGAACCCCAAAAUUCCCUGGGCAGAAGCCAAGCUGACGGUACCUACCUCUCCAAUUGCAUGGCCAAAAAGUCGCUGUGAGAGAAUGAGCGUUAAUUCCUUCGGUAUUGGCGGCUCGAAUGUUCAUUUUAUUCUGGAUUCUGCAAGGACUCAUGUUGAAUCUGAAGAAGUCCAGAAGAGCUCUGGACACUUAAAGAAGGACGUGAGAAGAUUGCUUUUAUUCUCCGCGAAUAGCCAACCAUCACUUGCUAAAUCCAUUAACCAAUGCCAAGUCUACAUGGAAACACACGUCGAUGACUUAGAUUCAGUGGCCUACACACUCGCCAACAGAAGAGAGCACCUGAAACUGCGAGCCUUUUCCGUGACAAAUGGCACAACCCCAUUCGAAGUUGUCAACUGUACGGAAUCUCAAACGAAACGAUCUGCAAAAGUGGCUUUUAUUUUCACUGGACAAGGAGCGCAAUGGAUCCACAUGGGGCGCGAAUUGAUUCACGACUUUCCUAGCUUUCGAGAAAGUAUUCGGAGCAUCGAUGAAGUUCUCCAGUCUCUGGACCAUGCACCUUCGUUCUCCAUCGAAGACCUCAUACUUCAUUGCAAGGACAAAGCCGUUUUGAAAAGCCCUGCGAUUUCACAACCUCUUUGCACGGCUUUACAAAUAGCUGUUGUACAGUUGCUGAAAGCAUGGGGUAUAUCACCUGAAGGCAUAGUCGGACAUUCUAGCGGUGAGAUUGCGGCCGCCUAUACCGCUGGAGCUUUGUCCAUGAGAGAGGCCAUUGUAGUGGCUUAUUAUCGGGGUUUCGUAUUCGCAAGUCCAGUGGAGCAGCGUGGUGGUAUGACAGCGGUAGGCCUAGGGCGCGAUGUAGUGGAACCAUACCUCGUCAAAGGUGUUUCCAUUGCGUGUGAAAAUAGCAACAAAAGCGUAACUAUCAGUGGCGACUUGUUGUUGUUAGAGAAAUGUAUAGCUUCAAUUAGGCGCAGCUAUCCAGACGCACCGAUACGCAAACUGGAUGUGGAGAUUGCAUAUCAUACGAAUCAUGUACGAGGUGCAGGCGAAAAGUAUGAGACUCUUGUCCGCGGUCUCAUAAAAGCACGAGCUCCGCACACACUUUUCGUAUCCAGCGUUCACGCUGAUGUAGUUCGUCAAAACUAUGACUUGGGAGCCCAGUAUUGGAGGCAAAAUUUGGAAAAUCCGGUCCUCUUCCAUGCUGCGGUGAACGCACUACUAGAAGAAUGUCCCCAAGCAAAUAUACACUUAGAAAUAGGACCCCACUCUGCACUGGCCGGUCCCUUGAGACAAAUAUACGCAGAAAGAGGGGUGCCAGUGAACUACUUGUCAGUCCUCAGAAGGGGUGGGAAUGACACAGAUGCCUAUCUCAAUGCCCUCGGUCGACUAUAUGGUGCCGGAGUCUGUCUUCAACCGCCUAUCCCAGCUCAUGCAAAAGUGCUUCCUCAGUUUCCAACAUAUCCAUGGCAUCAUGAAACGGCAUAUUGGUCCGAGACACGACUGAUGAAGAGCUUGCGCUUUCGAAGUCACACUGCCCACGACUUGUUAGGAUCUCGGACCAUUGAGUCCAGUGAUAUUGAACCGACGUGGAGGAACGUGUUACGGAUGGCUGAUGUGCCAUGGUUGCGAGACCACGUCGUUGGUCGUGAUAUCGUUUUCCCGGCAGCUGCAUAUAUUGCCAUGGCUGGUGAGGCGGUAUCGCAGAUCCAAGACAACGGCGACAUCUCGUAUACUGUUCGAAACGUGCACCUCGAAAACGCUAUGUUACUGAAAGACGACGAACAUACGGAAAUUAUAACAACCAUGAGGCGCCAAAAGCUCACCGCGAGAAAAGACAGCGAUUGGUACGAGUUUACCAUAGUGUCGCACAACGCAAGCGGAUGGACAAGACACUGCCACGGUCUAGUGACCAGCGGAGAAGUUGUAUCAAUGCUCCCGCUCGAAGCAAAAACCUUCGUUCGUAAGGUAAACACCGAUCGAUGGUACAAGACCAUGGCUCGAAUUGGUUUAAAUUAUGGACCACGUUUUACAGGGCUGCGCACUAUCACAGCUUCCACUGAAGCCAGAAUUGCUUCAGCUAGUGUGACCGACAGACAGGAAGAAUCUGAGUCUGCGUAUGCUCUCCAUCCAUCAACAAUAGAUGCCAUCUUCCAGUCCUGGACAGUAGCUAGUACCAGUGGCGUCUACCGUAAGCUCACCCACCUAUCACUACCAACAUUCAUCGAGGAACUUUUUGUUGGCAACUUGAGUUCGGCAAAUAUCGAUUUUGUGAUGUCCGAAGAAGAUAAUCGAGCAUAUUCGUAUGGGUUCGUAGACGGGAAACCUGCAUUCUCAUUACGAGGAUUCGAGGGGACGCCGCUCGAUACCCCAAGCGAGUGCAAGACGAAUGAGCUGCAGGUUCAGUAUUUGCAAUGGAAACCUGACUUUGAUUUCGCGGACCCUUCCACACUCAUGAAGCCCAGCUACGACAUGAGAAGCGAGCUCGCAAUGCUGGAACGGCUAUAUGUGCUCUGCGCUAUAGAAGGGCGAAAACGAUUGGAGUUAGUCUCUCCUUCGAAGAGACAUUUCGAAAUAUUCAUAUCCUGGCUCGACGAACAAAUGCAGCGCUUUAGUCAACCCGAUUAUCCUCUGGUAAACGACUCGGCCCAUUUGCUGACCCUCGACAGCACAACACGCUGUCACCAAAUCGAAGAAUCCACUGCAACCUUACGAAAAGCAAAAGCUAGACCGUUUGGUGAAGCCAUUUGGAAGUCGUACCUGCACCUUUCCGAUAUUAUUGAGGGGCGUGUGGAUUUCCUUGACCUAAUAUUGCAAGAUAAUCUUCUCCCACAAGUGUAUGAUUGGAUGAACAACCUUCAAGACUUAACGUCAAUGUUCCCUUUGUUAGGUAACAACUAUCCUCAGCUUAGGAUUCUGGAGAUUGGCGCUGGCACAGGAGGGUUGACACACAAGAUUCUCCAGUGUCUAGAAUCCGACUUCGGUGAGCGGCUGUAUCACGGUUAUACCUUUACCGACAUAUCGUCCGGAUUUUUUGUCCAAGCUCAAGAACGAUUUGGUGACUAUGAAGGGAUGGAGUAUAAGGUGCUAGACAUCUCGAAGGACCCUUUAGAGCAGGGAUUCGAGAUGGGUUCAUACGACUUGAUUGUCGCGUCGAACGUACUGCACGCCACACCGUGUUUAGUACAGACCCUUACACACUGUCGAAAACUCCUUCAGCCUGAUGGGCGGUUGUUUCUUCAAGAGCUUUCGCCUAUCACUAAACACGCCAAUUUCGUUAUGGGUCUCUUUGCAGGCUGGUGGGAAGGUCAAGACGAUGGGCGUAAAGACGAGCCUUUCAUUUCGCCCGAGGAGUGGAACAUUCGGCUUUGCAAGGCCGGUUUCGAUGGUAUCGAAUCACUGAUGGUUGAUGGCGAGCGACCAUAUUAUAUGAAUGCCAACAUGAUCGCCCGACCGAAGUUCGGGCAUGUUUAUCCAGAUCGAAUCAGCCUGCUGACAGGAACGGACGAACCAGGCCAACUCGUAUUAGCUACCCAAAAGGAACUCGAGAAACGAGGAUAUCACGUGGACCAUUGCAUAUGGGGCGAAGGCACGCCUCCCCCUGAUCAGGACCUCAUCUCUUUUGUGGAUAUCGAAGGGCGCAGCACACCUAUCUUGCAAGAUAUCGACGAGACGGAUCUACAAAUCUUGUUACAAACAGUCGAUAUCACUUCCCAAUCUACUCUUGUUUGGCUCAGCAAGCCUGCGCAAAUGCUCUGCCAGGAUCCACAUGCUGGACAAAUCCUAGGAUUUGCGCGUACGGUGAGGGCAGAAUUGGCUAUGGAUUUUGCUACUUUGGAGCUCGAGCACACGGGCACAGGAGCAGCCGGUGUCGUCGCAGACGUCUUGCGCAAGUUACAGCAUGCAAGACUUGUGGACGUGGAAAGAGAGCUGGACUCAGACUUGGAAUAUGUGUGGACUGACGGCGCCAUUCGCAUCGGUCGCUUCCACUGGUUUCCGGUGGAGAAAGCUCUGACCGAAACAGCUGUCAGUCACGGCCUCACGGCUAAGAGAUUGGUCGUGGGCCAGCGUGGCAUGUUGCAGUCACUGCAGUGGCGCAACCAUGAGUUGCCAGCGCUGGAGCCGGACGAAGUUCUGGUCCAGACUUGCACUGUUGGCAUGAAUUUCCGAGAAGUCAUGUGCGCCCUUGGAAUCAUACAGAUUGAUUCUUUGGACGGGCGUAGCGGUGGACUCACGACAUUUGGUACCGAAGGCGUGGGUCGCAUCGUAGCCGUGGGCUCAAAGGUGCAAAGUAUCAAGACUGGUUCCCGCGUAAUGUGUAUGGGGAGUACGUCUCCAGCAUUCGCGACCCAUGUGAAACGGCGGGCAGACUAUUGCGUGGAGAUUCCAGACAGAUUGAGCGACGAAGACGCUGCUACUAUGCCCAUUGUCUACUAUACAGUUCUCAUUUCCCUUGUCGAGAGAGCUCACAUGCAGCGCGGUCAGUCAUUGCUCAUCCAUAGCGCAGCUGGAGGGGUUGGCAUAGCCGCCAUUCAUAUGGCCCGCUGGCUUGGUCUGGACAUUUUUGUCACCACAGGAACAGAGGAGAAGGCUAACUUUCUGUCUACGAAAAUGGGCGUACCGCGUGAACGAAUCUUUGCGUCACGCAACGAGAGCUUUGUCUCUAGCAUUAUGGCGGCCACAGGUGGCAGAGGUGUUGAUGUGGUACUCAACUCGCUAUCUGGUGGAUUGUUACACUCGUCAUGGCGUUGUGUGGCCGAACAUGGGCACAUGGUGGAGAUUGGCAGGCGCGAUAUACUGGGUCAUGCCCAACUGGCUAUGUCGCCUUUCGGCUCAAACCGCACCUUUAGCUGCGUCGACGCAUCCACUACUAUUGCGGACUCGCCCCGAACUCAACGCGCUCUCCAGAUGAUUAUGGACCUUUACAAGCGUGGCCACAUACACCCUAUAAACCCAGUCACUAUUUUCGAAGCUAGUCGCGUGGAAGAUGCGUACCGAUGUCUGCAACAAGGCCUUCACGUCGGUAAGCUUGUCAUCCGAUUUCCUGACCCUGACGUGGAAGAAGAUAGCGAGUUGGCUCUCCGGCCAGCACCGAGUAUACCGGAUCCUAUCUUCCGUGCAGACGCCUCCUAUCUGCUUGUCGGUGGGACUGGUGGGCUAGGCAAAGCUAUUGCUUCUUGGAUGGUCUCGCACGGCGCGAGAAACCUUAUAUUCCUGUCUCGCUCGGCUGGUCAGCGACAAGAAGAUCAACACAUUUUUGCUGAAUUGAAGGAAAGUAGCUGUCGCGUUCAAUUUUACGCUGGCGAUGUGGCUGACGAGGCUGUUGUUCAAAGCCUUGUCAAAGCCGCCCCAUUCCCUAUUGCCGGAGUUAUGCAGAUGGCCAUGGUUCUCAACGAUAUCGGGGUUAUGAAUAUGGACUUGGAAUCAUGGAAGGCGACCACGCACCCAAAGAUAGCAGGAACAUGGAAUCUGCACCGGCUUCUUCCUACCGAGCUAGACUUUUUUGUCCUGUUCAGCUCUAUGGCCGGUCUUUUUGGUUACUUCGGUCAAGCUAAUUAUGCCUCUGCCAACACAUUCUUGGAUGCCUUUGUCCAAUACCGACGGGCCCAUGGCCUAGUGGCAUCUGUUAUUGACAUUGGACCCAUUGGAGACGUGGGUUAUGUUGCCGUGACACCACGGCAACAGACUAAUAUCACAUCGCAUAUUUAUCCUGCGACUGAACAAGACUUGCUCGACAUCCUGCAGCUGGCCAUAACAACACCGCCGCCACGUCUCGCCCUCCAGCGCCCAAAUUCUUUCCACAACCCAUGCCAAUAUGCCCAAAUUCCUUGGAGCACCUUAUCCAUUACAGAUCCCUCCAAUACAUCUAUCUGGAAGCGGGACCCUCGCACAGCCAUUUAUCGCAACCUUGAACAGAUUUCGGCCACAAUCAGCGGCUCAGAAACUUCCAACAAAAUACGCUACUUCAUGAAUACUCUUGUAGCGGAGCCACAUAAAUUGAAUGAUCAGGCUUCGGUGGACCUCCUUGCUAGCGCUAUAGGAAGGCGGGUUUCCACCUUUCUUAUGAGAGAGGGGCAGGAUCUGGAUACCUCCCAAUCACUAUCGGAUCUUGGCGUGGAUUCUCUUGUUGCCAUAGAACUGAGGAAUUGGUGGAAACAAAGUCUAGGAGUUGAUGUAUCGGCCUUGGAGCUGAUGGGUGGCGGGAGUCUGGUUCAGCUUGGGCUGUUGGCGGUGAAUCGUCUCAAGGUGAAGUACUGCACUGACAAUUCAGCAUAA